GCUGUUCGGGACGGGAGAAACAUCAGGUGUCCCAAGGAUAUUCAGAAUUGGUCCUGUCAAGUCCAAACGGGUCCUUAAAGCUGAACAGUUGGUUUGCAGUCAAGAAUCGCCAUUCCUCCUCCAUCAAUCCAGAGAAGAUUCAGCUGUUACCUGCAGGCACCACACCAAGCUGUUGUAAGAUGGUUAUGAGAAACACAGGGGUUGACAUUGAGAUGGAGUUAAUCGGGGAUGAUGAGAGGACAGUAUGGAGAGAUAUGGUACCAACAGAUGAAUACAUCCCUGAAACCCAUUCAACUAGUGCUGUGUUGGGGGCAGGGCGUCCGGCUGAGAGCAGUCUGACUGGUUCUGCAGAGCAGCAGCUGCGUUCUGUACGGACAGAGUUUGUGAGACGAGUGUCAGGACCUGUCCUGGAUGGUCUGCUGGACGGACUCCUGCAACACACAGUCAUCAACCAGGAGGAAAUGGAGUCAGUAAAGGUGAUAGCUGAGAGGGCAGAGAAGGCACGUGACAUCAUCGACAUGGUGUUGAGAAAAGGAACUGAGUCAUGUUCCAGGAUGAUCAACCUUCUUGGGGAGCUGGACCCCUGUCUUUGGUCACAGCUUCAGAACAACAGUGUUGGGGUCCCAACCUAAUGGUAGAAUGGAUAGUAACAGUGUUGGGGUACCAACCUAAUGGUAGAAUGGAUAGUAACAGUGUUGGGGUACCAACCUAAUGGUAGAAUGGAUAGUAACAGUGUUGGGGUACCAUCCUAAUGGUAGAAUGGAUAGUAACAGUGUUGGGGUACCAGCCUAUUGGUAGAAUGGAUAGUAACAGUGUUGGGGUCCCAACCUAAUGGUAGAAUGGAUAGUAACAGUGUUGGGGUACCAACCUAAUGGUAGAAUGGAUAGUAACAGUGUUGGGGUACCAACCUAAUGGUAGAAUGGAUAGUAACAGUGUUGGGGUACCAACCUAAUGGUAGAAUGGAUAGUAACAGUGUUGGGGUACCAACCUAAUGGUAGAAUGGAUAGUAACAGUGUUGGGGUACCAACCUAAUGGUAGAAUGGAUAGUAACAGUGUUGGGGUCCCAACCUAAUGGUAGAAUGGAUAGUAACAGUGUUGGGGUACCAACCUAAUGGUAGAAUGGAUAGUAACAGUGUUGGGGUACCAACCUAAUGGUAGAAUGGAUAGUUACAGUGUUGGGGUACCAACCUAAUGGUAGAAUGGAUAGUAACAGUGUUGGGGUACCAACCUAAUGGUAGAAUGGGAUAGUAACAGUGUUGGGGUACCAACCUAAUGGUAGAAUGGAUAGUAACAGUGUUGGGGUACCAACCUAAUGGUAGAAUGGAUAGUAACAGUGUUGGGGUACCAACCUAAUGG